UAUUAUCUCCUGCAUCUGUCGUAAACGUGAAGGACAGUACCAGUACCACACUCACCAAACCUAGUACUAGGCUGUACUUGCAAGGCCACCACGCUCACCAAGCCUAGUACUAGGCUGCACUUGCAAGACCACCACACUCACCAAUCCUAGUAUUAGGCUGUACUUACACGACCACCGCACUCACCAAGCCUGGUACUAGGCUGUACUUGCACGACCACCACACUCAUCAAGCCUAGUACUAGGCUGUACUUGCACGACCACCACACUCACCAAGCCUAGUACUAGGCUGUACUUGCACGACCACCACACACACCAAGCAUAGUACUAGGCUGUACUUUCACGUCCACCACACUCAUCAAGCCUAGUACUAGACUGUAUUUGCACGACCACCCCACUCACCAAGCCUAGUACUAGAUUGUAUCUGCACGACCACCUCACUCACCAAGCCUAGUACUAGGCUGUACUUGCACGACCACCACAAAAUUUUUAAUCCUCAACAUUUUCCUGCAAUCAUUAUUAAUUCAAAACAUAUACCAUGACACAUCACUCGAUCUCCUUUUUGGUCAGUGUUGUGGCUGUGUUGCUCUCUGUAGUGAUGGAUACUUCCAAAGGGCAGUGUCCCGUGCCACACAGAUGUACAGGGUUUGGGCUGGAGUUACUUGCUACUGACACAGGAGAGGCGGCUUUCUGCAUAAAAGCUGGCGCCGAUCCUGUGUGUCCAGGUGUUUAUGUAAAUGGUACGACCAUCUUCACAACCUCUACUGCCUCUACUAUGACUACUUCCAGUGCUAAUCCAGGCACAAAUACCACUACCACCACUGUGACUACUACCAACUCCAGUACAAGUACAACCAGUGAUACUAUCAGUGAUACUACCAGUGAUACUACUAGUUAUACUACCAGUGAUACUACCAGUGAUACUACCAUCAUUUCUAUCACUACCACCGCACAGGUUCUUAGGUGUGAUGUACCAUCGUGUGUGGAUAAACAUAUAGGAGUGUAUGCUUACCCUGAGUGUAAGUGUGAGAAGUACUACACAUGUUCGAAGUCUGCCUCAGAUUCCAGCAGACUCGUCCUCCACCAGUACACUUGUUCAGGUGGCAAAGUAUUCAGUAACGUCACCAAUGUUUGUGUCACCAACAGGCUUGCCUGUCCAUAUCCUCUGCGCUGAUUAAAUGUUUUUUUAUUAAACAUAUGGAGCUACUCAGGGGUUUCAUUCCUUGUAUGUACCAUCAUUUAUCUUAUUGUGAUAAAUAACUCAGAAGAAUUGUAACCUGAUGCGGUCUGAGCCUGAAUUUCAUCUUAGUCGCUCAGCGUUGUACUAAAACAAGUUCCCCACUAGUUUUCUUUUCAUUGCGUUAACCAAAACGUAU